AUGUCUACCACCACCAACACCGAUCCAUACACUUACCUUGAAGGAUUUGGCAAUCACUUUGUCUCUGAGGCUUUGCCAGAUGCUCUUCCAAAAGGUCAAAACACGCCUCAAAAGUGUCCCUACGAGUUGUAUGCCGAGCAGCUGUCUGGAACAGCAUUCACCGUCCCACGCUCACAUAAUCAACGAAGCUGGCUCUAUCGUAUUCGACCCUCUGUGGUGCACAAGCCAUUUGCUCCUUUCAAGCAUGAUUCCAUUGUAGCAACUUCAUCCUCUUGCGAAAUCACACCCACACAGCUUCGAUGGAGCCCCUUUGAUUUACCAGCUGAGGGUGAAAAGGUUGACUUUGUUCAAGGCAUCAAGACCGUGAGCGUGGCAGGUGACCCAACUGCUGCUAGCGGCUUGGCUAUUCACAUCUAUACUGCAAACACCAAUAUGGAUCACAAGGCAUUCUACAACUCGGAUGGUGAUAUUCUUAUUGUUCCCCAGCAGGGUCGAUUGGAUAUUUGUACCGAGUUUGGUAAAAUGAUGGUGGCACCCAAUGAGAUUUGCGUGAUUCAACGUGGUAUUCGAUACAGCGUGUCAUUGCCGGAUGGACCUGUUCGUGGCUACAUGCUUGAGAUCUUUGGUCAAACACACUUUGAACUCCCUGAUCUUGGACCUAUUGGUGCCAAUGGUCUUGCCAACCCACGCGAUUUUGUUACACCAAAGGCAGCCUUUGUAAAAGAAUCUGGUGUCGAAUGGGAAAUCAUUACCAAGUUUGCAGGCAAAUUGUUCUCAGCCAAGCAAAACCACACUCCUUUUGAUGUUGUUGCAUGGCACGGUAACUAUGCACCCUACAAGUACGAUCUUGCCAAAUUCUGCGCUAUCAACAGCGUCACCUUUGAUCAUAUUGAUCCUUCCAUCUUUACGGUACUCACCGCCAAGUCCACUGUUCCCGGUGUGGCUAUUGCCGAUUUUGUCAUUUUCCCUCCAAGAUGGGCUGUCGCUGACAACACUUUCCGACCCCCUUACUUCCAUCGCAAUUGCAUGAGCGAAUUUAUGGGUUUGAUUUUGGGUGAUUACGAAGGCAAGACCGGUGGAUUUGCCCCUGGCGGUGCCUCUUUGCAUAGUCCAAUGACACCUCACGGUCCUGAUGCUAAGGUGUUUGAAGCUGCAUCCAAUGCCAAAUUGGAGUGUACUCGUGUAGGAGAUGGUACGCAAGCAUUCAUGUUUGAAACUAGUCUCACAUUGCCAGUGACCCCAUGGGCAUUACAUACCUCUGGCAAGGUGCAGGAGGAUUAUUGGAAGGCAUGGGCUGAUCUUGAUACCAAGUUUACUGCUUAA